AUGGAGGACCGAUCAACCGGGGCCUCCGGCUCACCUUCUCCUCAGCCAGACCUGCACCGGAACCGAUUGCCGACUCUGUUUGAGGUCUUGAGUCGUCGAACUCUGCCGCCCGUCGACCUCUUCUCGUUCUACAUUUUCAUGAGAGAUCAGCAAAAAUCCGUCGAUUACCUCGAUUUCUGGCUCGAUGUUGCUCAGCACAUGUCCCUGUGCCGCCACUAUGUGCGCGAACUCCGCAGAUCCGUCCUGGUUGGAACACCCGACUUGGAUAAGUCGGGCUCUAAGCGGUCUUCUCAGAUCUUGGAUGGACUUGGUGACAUGAGCCAUUCCGCCGCUGGCCCAUCGAUGUAUGCUACUGAGAAGGAGAAGAACCAGGAUGCCCAAAUGUCGGCCUACCUGAGAGAAGAGGCCCAAGACUCCCCUCAAAGCAGCACUGGAGAGCAUCGCAGCCGUCCCAGUGGGGCUUUCAGCACCCCGCGAGACCUGACGACGGAUUCAAACUCUCCCGCACACACCGUCGCGAGACAGGACAUCCGAGCUUCGGCGGAGAAGAUCCUCUACACCUUCCUCCUUCCGGGCGCCGAGCGUGAGAUCAUUCUUCCGGGUUCCAUUACUCAGGACGUCACGACUUCCAUUGAGGACUUUGGUAGAGACGAUCCAGAGGUGUUUGACGUUGCCAAGGACUACGUCUUCCAGGCUAUGGAACGCGAUGCCUUCCCCAACUUCUUGAGAAUGAAGGCCCUUGGCAACCUCAUCCCGACCACUCUCCAGAUCAGAAUGAUUAUUGGUCUUCUGGCCAUGUUUGGUGGCUUCUGGGCCGCUUUCAUCCUCAUCUUCCUAAAUGCCCCACGAACUACCAGAUGCUGGCUUAUCCUUCCAUUUACCGUUGGUGUCUACUUCCUCGCAUCAUACCAGUACUCUCUGGAUCCUGUCCUCGCUCUCAUCGGCCUCAGCGAGUACACACCGUUCAACUUCUCUCGAAUUCGUGAGCCCUACGUUCGUAAGCUCCUUGCUAAGCGGUCUAUCAUGGUUCUCGCCGUCACCAUUUUGAUCGACGCCGCGCUCUGUGUGCUCUUCAUCCUUGUCCCUGGUAAACGGCUGUAA